GGGGUUUCCAGGUCGCCAUGGAAACAGCGGAGCUCUCCCAAGCAGCCGCCAGAGGGCGGUCACCCGCCGCCAUCCCGCAGCGCAGCCGCAAAGCGCCGCCACUCGUAAGGAACGCGGCCCACGUGGGCCCUGGCGGAGUGUGGGCAGCUGGGACACGGAUGGAGGAGGAGGGAGCCGAGGUGGCGAGCGGGCCGGCGGGGAGCCCUGAGGGGCCCGGCACGGAGACUGGGAGCCCGGGGCUGGCCUGCGGCAAGCGGAAGAUGGCACUGCACAGAUGUGAAACCUGUAGUGGAGAGGAAGCAAAGUACAGGUGUCCACGUUGCAUGAAAUACUCAUGCAGUUUGGCAUGUGUGAAGAAGCACAAAACUGCACUAAGUUGUAAUGGAAUCAGAGAAAAGGCAGCAUUUGUCUCCAUAAAUGAGUUUAGUGAAUUGAAUCUCCUAAGUGAUUAUCGUUUUCUGGAAGACGUAGGAAGGAUGACUGAUGGUGCUGCUCGAGAUGUUUUCUUGCAUAGACCAACAACCAAUAAAUUUAUAAAUUAUUUGAAAAACCGAGCUCGAAAGCACAAUAUUCACUUGAAAACUUUACCCAUUGGGUUUACAAAAAGGAGAGAGAAUUCAACCACCUUCAACAAGAAGGAGCAAAGGUUCUACUGGCAUUUGAAGCUCAUAUUUCCUCACAGUCAUGCUGAAUACACAGUAAAAAGGGUGCCCGAUGAUAAAACACUAGGUGAAAUCCUUAAACCUUACCUUGAUCCUGAAGAAUCAGAUCCUGUUAUUCGUCAAAGAUUAAAAAUAUAUACAAUGUCUCCUCAGUCCGAUGUGCAAAUUUUAAUGAAAAUAGAAAACAGGCAACAUAAUUCUGUCAGCUAUGAUGAACUGCAUACCAGUAAAAGCCUUCUAGACAAUUUGAAAGACAAGGUAGUAAUUGAGUACCCAACAUUACUUGUGGUACUGAAAAAACUCAAGAAUGAUAUGAGAGUUCUUGGCCAAGAUGCUAGUGAAUCUACUGAGGACCUGGACAGUGACAGUUCAUCCCUCUCAUCUGAGGAAGAAGGGGAAAUACGGGACAGUUCCUGAAAAAUCUGUUUUGACAGAAGAGGGUGUGGUUAGCUUUUUUUUUUUUUUCCCCCCUUCAUUAAAUUUAUUGUGACAGUUUUAUUUUAAGGGCAACAUUUUCAAAAAUGGAUGCCUAACUUUAGGGUAAAUCCUAGCCAUACAUUUUCCAUAAAUCAGCGUAAUAAUACAUAUUUCAAAGGUACAUUCAGCUUGUUCAGUAAUCUCGGGCAUCUAGCUUUUAUCUUCACAACCCAGCUCCAUAUUUCUCAAACAGAGCUUAAAAUCUGGCCAUUUACUUAGGUGCCUAACUUUAGCCUCCUGUUAUUUUUAAUAAAAUCUUGAGCUAAAUGUUUUUCUAGUUGAAUUUACUUUUUACAGUAUUUCUUUGCCGUGCUGAGCCUCUAUAGACAGGGUCAUAAUUUCUUGUUGACUUUAAUGUUCAUUUCAUAACAAUGUGUGUGUUUAGUGCAGUAAAUUUAGCUUUUCAUAUUUAGGUGCAUUGUGCAGGAUCCAGUGAGAACAUUUUUUUCUGGCUCGAGUAGUAGUGAACUUUUGAAUUGUUAGUAUGGUGUUGUUUUAAAUCAGCAUAAGCUCGAAAAUCAGUAGAACUGAAUAAAUUCAUUAACUGCAGGUAAUGCUACUACAUUUAUGACUUAUAAAUAUUUCUUAUUUUGUGUACCUUUGCAUUGUGAUUUCAUCUGUUGAAAUCAGACAUUGUAAAUAUUUCCUAGUUUUAAUGGAAUAUCUUCUCAGAUUUAUCUCGAAUUUAAAAUAAAUACAUGAAUCUCUAUG